AUGGCCAUUACCGCGAAGCCCUUGGGCGAAGGGAUCUCGGCACACCCUCCCCGUCGCUACAACUCAAUCCCGGUGCCACCUGGCCGCAUCAAUAUUAACGCGGGGCCGCUCCCGCUGUCCCCCAGUGCCGCCUGGUGGGCACGGCCCGAGCUCAUUGCCAUGCUGCCGGCUUGCAGAUGGAGGGAGUUCCCCCCAGCCGGACAACGGCGGUGGCUGCCCAGGACUGGCAGCGUGGGCUCUGGAUCCCGUGUCGCCCUCCAGCCGGUCAUUCCCGGUCCCUCCCGUGCUGCCCCCACGGAGGGGUGUGUGGGGGCUCCCCCUGACCCGCUGUCCCGCAGGGGGUACUCCCAGGAGGCCGAGGGCAGCUGGUUCCGCUCCCUCUUCGUGCACAAGGUGGAUCCGCGCAAGGAUGCCCAUUCCAACCUGCUCUCCAAGAGGGAGACCAGCAACCUCUACAAGAUCCAGUUUCACAACGUGAAGCCGGAAUGCCUGGAAACCUACAACAAGCUGACAGAGGAGGUGCUGCCCAAGCUCCACUCGGACCCCGACUACCCCUGUGACCUGGUGGGCAACUGGAACACCUGGUAUGGCGAGCAGGACCAGGCAGUGCACCUGUGGCGCUUCUCGGGCGGGUACCCGGCGCUCAUGGACUGCAUGAACAAGCUGAGGCAGAACAAGACCUACAAGCUGAAGCCAGGGACCAUGAUUGAAUGGGGCAACAACUGGGCUCGGGCCAUCAAGUACCGGCAGGAGAACCAGGAGGCAGUCGGGGGGUUCUUCUCCCAGAUCGGGGAGCUCUACGUGGUCCAUCACCUCUGGGCCUACAAGGAUCUGCAGUCCCGGGAGGAGACGAGGAACGCAGCCUGGAGGAAGAGGGGCUGGGAUGAGAACGUGUAUUACACGGUCCCGCUGAUCCGGACCAUGGAAUCCCGGAUAAUGAUCCCGCUGAAGAUCUCCCCCCUGCAGUGACGGGGGGGCCGUGCCUGAGGGUCUCCCUGCACCCCGAGGGGCUCCCUGCCUGUGCCCCCACCCUGCUGGGGAAGGGCUGGGGGGGCCUCUGCACUCCCUCAGCUCCCUGCUGUCCCCCCCUCCCCGUUUUGGGGUGCCCUGUGGGGGCUGAGAGCAGGGAAGGGACAGUGGGGGCCCCCCAUCCUGUGGUGGGUGCCCAGGAUGGCACUGCCAGGGGGGCUGGGCAGGCUGCAGAGGUGGGGGGGGCUUAAUUGCCCCUGGUGGGCCCAGUGGGUGCCUUUGCUGCCAAUUAAAUAUUUAAUAUGCCAAAGCCUGGG